CCCUUCAAUGGCGAUUCACACCUUGUUCGACGUUCUCCCUUACCCCACCUUUACUAUCCCUGCUUUAAUCCUCUUCUCAUGGGUCAGUCUCGUUCGAACAUUCCGAUGGAGAAGAUACAACUACAUUCAUCGCGUCUACGGGCCCAAGUACAGCUCUGGCAUGUUGACUCCUGAAGAUGCGCAGGAUGUGAUAACCAUUUUGCUACGCUAUGAAAUGCCCCUUGUUCUUGAAUACGCAGUCGCAUUUUCACUGUUCAAAACGUAUGCCAUUCCUUCGAUAUCCAAGAUUCUGUGGUCGACGAAGGAGCUCGCCUCUUCUGAAAAAGUUUCCAAACGUUAUGCAGAUACUUCCAUUCUCAUCAGUACCUGGAUGCAUUGCCCUAUCUCAGGUUUGGCAGCACAAGUGGGAAGUGGUGAAAAGUCGACACAAGAUCCUCGUUCCAGUCUCGCCGUCGCUCGCACCAAUUGGCUCCACUCUCGUUAUAACAUUACAAACGAUGACUACCUCUACACUCUGGCCCUAUUCAUGUUCGAACCUGCCAAAUGGGCGGCAAAGUACGGCUGGCGACCUCUGUCUCCUCUCGAGCAACAUGCAUUUUUCAUGUUCUGGGUUGAAAUAGGUAAAAGGAUGAACAUCAAAGAUAUCCCCAAGUCUGAAACCGAGUUCAAACAAUGGGUAGAGGAAUACGAAGAUAGACACAUGGUCCCCGCACAAACGAACCACGACGUUGCGACGUACACGACAGAAGAGUUGAUCCAUGUGAUUCCCGAAGCGUUUGGUAUCAAGAGUUUCGUACGGAAGCUUUCGAUUGCUGUUUUGGAGGAUAACGUACGAGUUGCGAUGAUGCAACCGAAACAGCCCGUAUACAUGAAAAACUUGCUUGAUGGCCUUCUCGGAUUUAUGGCAUGGCACGUUCGGUAUUUCCAUUUACCCGCGUGGAAAUCGUACAGCCAAGUUCCAAUUGAAAUGCCGAAGUUCAAAGAGGGCGAGGAGCCGUUGAUGACACCGUGUUAUUUCCAGCCUAUGCCUUGGUAUAAACCUCGUGGGACGGGUGUGUUGGGAAGGUUGAAGGAUUGGGGGUUGGUGAAGAUGGGGGUGCAUGAUGCGGUUCCUUCGGAGAGGUUGAGGUGUCGAGGGUAUCGGUUGGAUAGUGCUGUAAGUACCAAGUCGUUUGGCUUUUUCUUCUUUUUUCGUUGAUGUAUAACCGGUUUUGUUCUGGUAGGGGCCGUUGAAGUUUGAGAAGGA